GGCAACCCUUUCUCUUAUCUCUCUUAUCAGCGAAGGCAGAACUCGGGACAUCUUUAGGUACCUAGUGAUGCCUAGUGAUGGGAUUUUAGUGAUCAUCAUUACGAAGUAGGGAUGUACCGGAUGUACCAUCUCUACCAGGCACAUGCGUAAAGGUACCUGCCACUCUUGGCCAAUCAAAGAGCAAUCGUCUGAAGGAGCUUUCUAACGCCAAAAGUUCACCUACGAAGUAGAGCUUGGGUAACUUGCUUGGGCUGCGGAAGUGAUUGAAGAGAUUCUUUCUACGACCGCGAUGAUGCGCCCUACCACCUCCUCGUGCCUUGUCGGGGCCUUUCGAUCCUUGAACAUUGCGCACACUCCCACGACGCGGCCAUCAAUAAUACCCAGCGCCGCGGCUGCUACUCGAAAGUUCGCAGGGCCGCAAAGUGUCCGACUCUUCUCUGCCUCCGCGCCGAUGUUCGGCAAUUGGCUCGAGCCUCAGCUGGACCGUAAGAAAAAGAUGAUGAAAGGUCGGCCACGAGUUCCCACGGGAGGCUCUACUAAAGGGACGACUGUCGUUUGGGGUGACUAUGGUCUACGUAUGACCGACCACCAUCGCAGAAUUAGUUCGCACAACCUCAAGCUUGCCGAGGACACAAUAAAAGCUCGUUUACGUGGGCAGAAGUAUCGGUUAUAUAAGCGCGUGUGCUGUAACGUCGGCGUCUUCGUUAGCGGUAACGAGAUUCGUAUGGGUAAAGGCAAGGGUAGUUUCGACCAUUGGGCAGCUCGUGUAGCUGUCAAUCAGAUCGUUUUAGAACUCAGGGGAAUGCUACACGAGCAAGUGGUACGCGAUGCGUUCCGUCUAGCUGGCAACAAACUUCCAGGUCAAUGGGAAUUUGUGAAGAAGGGGGAGCCGCCAAUUGUUGGAAUCACAAAGCUGGAUGGUAUCACAUUGGAAGAGCUGAAGAGGCCCAGGCGGAAAGUCUCUGCAGAAACUCUGCGACCCAUUCCUGAACUGGCCGAAGGCAGCCGAAUCCCUCUGGAUCUUCCCUGAACAGCAACAGGCCUGUACUUGUACAAUAUUGAACGAUUAGUGUACAAUAUAACACCAUAUGGCGUACAAUUAAACAUCAAAGCUAAAGAGCAUGUCGACCGAGGUCAAUUUAGCUAUCGAGCAACGACCGAUCGAGUCGUAAGUGUGGCUAGAGGGAAUGGGAUUGGAAUGAGAUUCGGUCUGGGACGGUGUUUUCAUACCUGUUCUAUGUGAUUUGGCAAGUUUGGUAACCUCCUGAUCCUGACUUCGGC